GGUCAGCAUCUGGCAUUGAUAGCACAUUUACCAUUUAAAUGAAUCAGAAACAGUAACUUUCAGAGACCCUUUUUUAUUCAUUUGGUUCUCUGCACUAGGACCAUGUUAAUUAAGUUGCCUUUUGUGCCAUCACCCUUAAAAUACUGUUUUCAGAAUUAAUUUUCCAGCUGAUUAGUCAAAGAUUUGCUUGUAAAUGAAUUACCAGUGAUCUGCCUUGUGUCUCUUUAUACUGUCUGAAGUGCAACUUGAGAAUAGAGUAAAAGAUCAGUUUUUAAAUGAAGGUCUUUUGCUUUCUGCGCAGAUAAAGCAGCAGUUAUGUUACCUACACAACUUUUUAUAAUAAAAUUGUGCACUGAUGCGCAUUUAAAAUUUCCCACAUUUUGAGUUUUCCACAUAUGUAUGCACGAACGUGUUUUUGGAAAAAUAUGGCUACCUUGAAGAAACGACUAAACAACAUAAUGGAAAACAACUUGCAUCAGCAGUCAGGGCUUGAAAUACUGGCAGUUACAUGCAUGGGUAGGAUUUUGUCCAACAUUUAGGAGCAGAAAGGAUUAAAAUCCAGACAUGAUUCUGGGAAGAAAGAAGAGUACUUGUUAAAGCAUAAACCAUCAUAGAGUUUCAAUGGCUGUCUCACCUGCCAGUCAGUGGACAGCUGGACACCAUAACAGUACAACAGAUGGUACAACCUCGAUGUGGAAUGAAGGAUAUUGAAUCACUAGAACUGGUCAAAAGUCACCAUCAUGGUCAGCAACGCAGGAAACGUUAUACAUCCAAAAAUAAGAAAUGGUAUAAACGACAUUUAACUUAUCAGAUUGUCAACUGGCCCUGGUACCUAUCCAAGCAUCAGGUCAGGCAGGCGGUGAAAGCAGCGUUCCAGUUGUGGAGCAACGUUUCCUCUCUGACAUUCUCUGAGGCUCUGCGAGACCCUGCAGACAUCCGUUUAGCGUUCUAUGAAGGGGAUCACAAUGAUGGUGCAGGGAAUGCUUUUGAUGGACCAGGUGGAGCCUUGGCACAUGCUUUUUUCCCCAGAAGGGGGGAGGCCCAUUUUGACAGUGCCGAACACUGGUCAUUAGAUGGUAAGGGCAGAAACCUAUUUGUUGUACUGGCACAUGAGAUUGGACAUACUUUGGGGCUGCAGCACUCCUCCUUCAAAAAUGCCCUGAUGUCCCCUUACUACAAGAAACUGAAUAAAGACUAUGUACUGAACUUCGAUGACGUCCUGGCCAUCCAAAAUUUGUACGGAGCACCCCCUAGUGGAAAUCUGGUGCAACUCCCUGGAAAACAAUUUGUGUUUUUUCAGGACUGGAGUCCUGAAUCACAUGAAGAUUCAGGAAUAAAACAGUUUUCCUACUGCCACUCCAUCUUUGAUGCCAUCACAUGGGAUUUGAAACAGACGUUAUACAUCUUUAAAGGCCGUCACUUUUGGACAGUCUCAUUGGAUUGUAAAAUCUCACCUCCCCAAACUCUUCAGAAGCGCUGGAAGAAACUCCCUUCUUAUGUUGAAGCUGCAGUGGUAUCGGGUUUAGAUGGAAAAUUCUACUUCUUCAAAGGUGGAAGGUGUUGGAGGUACAACGAUUCCAUGUUAGAAGAAGGCUUUCCUCAAAAAUGUAGUAUGAAUGGUUUGCCUCAUCGUCCUGACACUGCACUUUACUUUCAGCCUCUUGGUCACUUGGUCAUCUUCAAGGGCUCUAAAUAUUAUGUGGUUAAUGAAGAGUCUCUAACAGUGGAACCUUACUACCCACGCAGCUUGCAGGACUGGAAAGGUGUGCCAGCCAACAGUCACAGUGUUCUGACCCAUCACAAUGGAGCGGUCUAUUUUUUCAAAGGUGACAAAUACUGGUUAUUUGACCAAAACAAGCUGAAAGUAACUACUUCUGGGAAGUGGGCUGAAGACUUGUCUUGGAUUGGUUGCAAAAAGGAUGCAACUUGAUUUGUCCUUCAAUGUUAAAAUGGCUUAAUUUUUUUCUGCAUAGCCCUAAGAAUCUCAAUCCUGUAUUGCCAUAAAGAUAUACCAAAGAAUAAAACCUUGGACAGCUUCAAA